CGAAACGGGCAACGAUCGAAGCGGCUGUUGUUGCUCGGUGCGGCUUCUUUAGCUUCCGUUAACAAUUAAUCGCUCGAAUCGUGGCAAAUCUCUUGCAGGAUCUCAGACGCACAUCAUCAUGCCAGGCACCUCGUUCCCAACGAACAACGACAACUUCAGCAACGGCUUCCCCAUGGUCACGACCCAAGCCGAGCGACUGCUGCAGGCGCAGAAUCGCCGCAAGUUCAGCUUCCCCGCCACACUCCACUCGGCCGCCCUGCUCGAGGUGGGCCAGCGGGAGUCCACGCGCCGCCGGCUCAGCAACGUCAGCGAUGUGGUUACCCGCAAGCUCUCCUACACCAUCGGCUGGAAGGCCGCUCAAAUACCUGCCCAAGACAUUAUCACACAGGGACGCUGUUUAUGUGGACACUACAUCAAGCGGCGGCUGCGUCGCUCGGGACUGUUCAACAAGAAACUGGGGCUGCAGCGCAUUCGCAGCAUAUUGGGCAACAGCAACACAACUAUGGGCAUCGUGAGAGACGUUUUCCCAGCGGUGCAAGUGUUGGGCGAUGAGCUGGAGCGCAUGCAUCCGCGCAUCUAUAAUGGCGUCGCCCGACAGAUUUGCCGCAAUCCCGGCGGCGAGUUCCAUACCCCGGAUGCUGUGAGUCUACUCCUGGGUGCCGUGGGCCGGGAGCUGUUUCGGGUCGAGAUCACAUGGAGCAAGGUUAUCUCAUUGUUUGCUAUAGCCGGCGGUCUGUCGGUGGAUUGUGUGCGCCAGGGCCAUCCCGAGUAUUUGCCAAAGCUUAUGGAGAGCGUUUCCGAAGUUAUCGAGGAUGAGCUGGUGCCUUGGAUAAACGAAAACGGCGGUUGGAGUGGCAUCAAUACACACGUUUUACCAACAUCCAACAGCUUAAAUCCCUUGGAAUGGACCACGCUGGUAAUUGGAGUUGUAUUCGGAUUGAUUUUAUUAUUUAUGUUUUUGCGCUUUAUUGUCAACACACUGAUACCUAAAAUAUAUCAACGAUUUACGAGCUAAUACAAUAAA